UGAAUCUGUCAAUUAGCAUUAAAAUGGCAUUCCAUCUUUAGGUACCAGCAUAACCGUAUAAUUGAACUGCUAAAACAUACGUGUCUCGAUGGACACCGGGGACCAUGCACUAGAUCUUAUUCGUCAAGACAUCGUAAAAAAUCAUCUUCAAAUUACAGCUUUAAUACAAGAUAUUCAACAAUGUACUGGUCCAUUAGAAUUACUCAACGAACUGAAUGCAGAAGGCAGAGCAAAAAUAGCAGCAUUAAAAUCAUUGAUAGAUAAAAUAACAUCAGCCGCAGAGAAAGAACUGUCAAAAAAAAGAAAAGCAGAAUUAUUAACAGAAAUAGAUACUUAUAAACAGCAACUUAAUACUUCUUUAGCUGCAUUUCGUAAGGCCAAUGUUGUUAGUGUCUGUGUAAUAGACAAACUUGCUAAAGAAGAACUACUUUCAUUGCCUGAAGAACAACAGGCUGCUCUACGUAGAAGACGUGAUAGGCAAAGUAUAGCAAAUACAUCAAGUCAAGUAUCCGAUAAACUUUUAAGUAUAGCUAGGCAUUUAGCAGAAACCACUCAAAGAAGUGCAGAUACAUUAGAUACGUUAAUAACAUCAUCUGAUAAAGUUACCAGUACCAAAGAUGAAUUAGAACAUCAGCAACAAGUUAUAGUUCAAUCUGGAAAACUUUUAGGCAAAUAUGGUAGAAGAGAAGUCACUGAUAAAGCAUUAGUAGCAUUAGCUUUUGCAUUUUUCCUUGCAUGUGUCUUUUAUAUUUUACAAAAAAGACUGUUCUAAAA